AAAUCUUGGAGUUAAUCCGCUAACCUAAUCCCGUUGACCCGUCGCCGCUGCUAAUCCCGACGUGGCCCGGGUGAGAGGACCAUGUAAACACUCGACGACACAGCGGCACACAACCCUAGGCUCGGUUCCUGAGGAAUCUCCCGUCUGGCGGCUCCAGGAAGUAGAGCAGAGAAAACAAAAAAAACGAUUCCAAUGUGUUGCGAUCCCAGCCACGGCAUAGCACCGGCUGGUCGUGGAGUAGUCGCCAUGUGCUGUGCUGGUCUUCUGCUCUUGUUCCUCACAGCCUGGACCCGAACGUCUGCGCACCUGGCCAAGGAGUUCAUCUCCGCCAAGAAUGAGGCUGCCCGCUCCAUCGAGCCCUACAAGGCGGACACCAGCGGAGACUACAUCGAGGUGGACGGCGUGCUGUGCGACAAGUACCACGAGUGGUCCAGAUGGACCGAGUGUUCCCGGAAGUGUGAUCAGACCAGAACGAGGCGGUGUCGCGUGCCGGAGGAUUGUGGGAAGAGUGUCUUCAAGGAGAAGAGAACCUGCACGAGAGAGGACGGGAUUUGCAAUCCCAUAUCCUACAAGGUCGUGGGCAAACAGAAACGGAAUCGCCUGAUCGAAGAGAUUCUUUACGACCUACUCUACUCCACCUGGGGUGAGUGGGACAAUUGUACCAUUUCGUGCAGGCAGCGCCGUCAGCGAACCUGCAUCAAGAAGUCCAUCUGUGCUCGCUCAUACAUACAGGAGGAGCGACGUUGCCAGCCGACCAACAUGCGAUGUGAGCACAAGUUCAGCCUGAGACCCGACCCUCGCAUCGACAGCGGGGACCCCACGAGCAAGAGUUCCCUCCACCGUCAGACGGUCAAGCUGGUCACGGGGGCCCCCAGUGGCGUCAGCAGUAAACAUAAGGACAAAAGUUACAACGGUUCCAAAAACAACGACAGGAAGUUGUCUUCCCUUGUUGAGGAACUGGAGGAAGCCCAGAGCUCCUGCGGCAUCCGACCAAAGAACUCUGAGAAAUCUUAUCGUGUCGUUGGCGGCAAGGAGGUCAUGAGGAAUAGCUGGCCUUGGCAGGUCGCCAUCAUGACGAAGUACCUAGACCAGUACUGCGGGGGUACUUUGAUCGCUCCUCGAUGGGUCCUCACAGCGGCCCACUGUGUGAGGAAGAACAACCGGAAACGGAAGUUGGUGGUCAGAGUCGGUGAACACGAUAUUCACAAAAACGAAACAACGCAGGAGGAUAUAAGGCCUGAGAGGGAGUUCGCCCACCCCGACUUUAACUACCAGUCCAUCACCAACGACAUAGCCCUCAUCAAGCUCAGCCACCCGCCCUCGGCCUACACCCAGCCUGGGUACGCCUGCCUCCCCAGCCCUGAUUUCAAGCCCCAAAACAAACAACUGUGUACCAUCGUGGGCUGGGGGAAAAUUAAAAACCAGCAUCAAUACGGCUCGGACUCGCUACAGGAGGCAAGAAUUCCGGUCGUCCGGCAUCAGAAAUGCCGGAAAGUUUUUGAAUACAACAUCACGUCAAGUCAAGUCUGCGCCGGGUUUAAGCGCGGGGGGACGGACUCCUGCGCGGGGGACAGUGGGGGUCCGCUGCUGUGUGAGUCUCAGCCCGAGGGGAACGGGAAAUAUUACCUCUACGGUGUGACCAGUUACGGCGAGGGGUGCGGGAGGAAAGGGAAGUACGGCAUCUACACCAAGGUCUCCAGCUACCUGGAUUGGAUUAAGCAAACUAUACGCGACAACAGAUGAAACCAUCGGGUAUAUCUGGUACUCUAAUCCUAACCCAUCCGGAAACAUACAAAGGGUACGCUCGUGGGUAAAAGAGGGUGGUGGUUUUGUGGUUGCGGUCAAGGUUUACUCCAGGGUGCUCCUACCCAGAGUGCCUGUGUGUUUGGAAGCAGAAACAGCCUGGAAUUCAUCACGGACCUUGCGGAUACGUGCUGGUCAACUUGAUUCUGGGAAAGUUGUUUUUUUUUUCACACGUCAUGGAGAAAAACCACCGCUCUUGUGUUUUCCAGUUCAGAUUUUAGACUGCCGGGAUGUUCUCUUGUAUAACACCCACAAAAACACGUUUUUAAAAAUAUACUACAGAUAUCCAACCAACAAUAAGCGAGCGUGAUAUUAUUCAGUUGUAAGCAUUUCCACACGAUAAAAGAAAACAAUAAUUUUGAUUGCACGUUAUAUUCCAUAAAAUUUCGUUAAAAUUUUGGAUCAAAAGGAAAGGAUGGUUCUAGCGCGAGUGACAUUAAUUGUUGUCAAAGACGUUUUUUUUCCCCAACACUUUCCCCACAAAAUGAACCAUGUUAAAUGUCAUAGUUUAUACCUUCUAAUUGUAUAAACGACAUUUUUUAAAAUCAUAGUUGAAAAGUACGGGUUUAUCUCUGUUUAAUCUAUUUGCAUAUGUGUACAUUUUUUUUCUCUGGGUGUGUUUUUGUUUGAAAUGUGAAAUGUGAUACAUAUACAAUUGCAUCGGAAAUUGAUACAAGGGGGGUAACUGAAAAUGGGAAGCGCAGUUUUAAUUGUAGCUUCCCUUGCAUGCCAGCACUUUAUGUUUCCAAUCUAAGUCAAUCAAUGGCUAUUUAUGUUUUACAUUUAUACUAUUUAUGCAUUUGCCAUUAGUAGAAAGUAGAAUUUUUUAUUUGAAACAAAAUUAGUUUUUUAAUGUUAUAAUAUUUUUAAAAAGUCAAAAUGCUUAAUAUAGGAACAGUAGUUAACAAAACUUGCUGAAAAAAUGAAAAAAAUGUAAGAAAGCUUAAAUGUACAUUCUAAACAUCAACAGGUAAAACUAUGGUUACAUCUAAAUCAAAAUUUUAAAAAUCAUCUUUAUGUAAUGCAAUUUAAGUAAAAAAAAACCUGUAAAUAUGAGUAUACAUGCAGCCAUUUUAAAUAUAAUUUUAAUUAAUUAAAAAAAAUAAUAAGACAAGUAAAAGAAAUAUUUGAAGUUUUUUUUUUCCUUGCAUUACAUCAGUUUAUCAUUUUGAACAAUAUUUGUCUUUAUCUUAAAGUCAUUAGAAUUAUUUUUUAUAUUUCGAAGUUUCUAGAAAAUUAUUGUUUUUUUAUUUACAUUUUAAAUUUGCUAGUUAUUUUAUUUAAUAUUUUGUACGUGUAUUUAUAAUGUAAUUUGUUAGAAAUCAUUAUUGUGUUUUGAAUUGUUGAAAAUAUGCCCAGCUUAUGUCCCCUUCUGUUACAUAUCAAACCAUUGUUCAAAUGGCUUAAACAUUAUGGGCCAAUAUGUUACUCAUUACCUUGAACUUGAUUAGGACGUAUGUUACUCAUAACCUUGAACUUGAUUAGGGCGUAUGUUACUCAUAACCUUGAACUUUGAUGGGCAUGUUUGUAACUCCUUACCUUGAUCUUGUAGGGCGUCAUAACCUUGAACUUUUAGGGCAACAACUCCUAACCUUGAACUUGUAAGGCGACACAUUCUAACCUUGAACUUGCAGGGCGAGUAUGCUAACGGUUAAAUAGGGCAUACUGGCAUAAUCUCCCUUUUUAUAUCCAUUUUUUAGAUGUUUUUUUAAACUGUUCUAGUUUGAUUUCUAUUUUGUCAAAAUUUAUCAUCGUUCAUCACACUGCAAUAACUGUGUAAUAAUGAAGUACCCUUGUCGUUUUAUUUUUCAUCUCGGUAAACAAAACUAAAUAUUUUACAUUGCACUGAAUAUGAAAAAAAAAACAGCCUUCAUGUAUAUUAAAUAGAAAACUAAAUACAAAGGUGUUUACAUUACAUUUUUAAAAAAAUAAGAAUAUUGGCGCUUAAUAAUUUAAUUUUCUGAACUCACUCAAAAUCUUCCUAAAAUUGUUAUAACACAUGCUUCAUUACUCAUAAUGUAAUUCAGUACUUAAUUAACAACAAAAUAAACCUUGUCAUACUCAGUGUCUAAAAUAUGUAGACAUUAAACUACCGGCGUCAAUUAAUAUGCGUGUAUUUAGCCAAGAAAAUAAGAUCACCAUAUCAAUAUUAUUUUUUUUUGUGAUUCCAUACUUUAAAUCCAAUCCAUUGAUUUACUGCUGCCAAAUGUUCAUGCUGUCGUGUUCUCGUACUUGUAUACAUGGCAAUAAUAUUAAAAAGUUGUUGUUGGA